CCAAACAUGAAAAAUAUAAUUUAUUUCAUUUCUUUUCUUUUCUUUUCUUUUCCCUUCCCUUCCUUUCCCUUCUCUUCCUUUCCUUUACUAACAUUGAACCAAACAGGGCCUAAGUAGUCACUGUAUUAACAAGUCUUACAAGGUAUCAAUGGCAAUCGAAUCUCACGAGGAGCUCGUGGGCGUGAAAACAUAAAAUCAAACAUUUCGAGCUCUAAAUUUCCGCGAUUAUCCCAAAAAAUCUCCGCCCAAAACCUAACACCGCCGGAAUCGUACCAAUCACCGGAAAUCUCCGCCGGUUGUCCGCCAUUCCCGCCGUAACCACUCCCCCGCAGUGAUUAUCUGAACAGUCAAAUUAUCAACCCUCGUGUCGAAAGUCAAAGCCCAAAAGAAGUAUGGAAGUAGUUUCUUCAGCUCCUGGGAAAGUUUUGAUGACCGGGGGUUAUCUUGUUUUGGAGAGACCAAACGCCGGACUGGUGCUGAGUACAAAUGCUCGGUUUUAUGCUAUUGUGAAGCCUAUCUAUGAUGAUGUGAAACCUGAUAGUUGGGCAUGGUCAUGGAUGGAUGUGAAGCUAACAUCUCCUCAACUUGCAAGGGAAACAAUGUAUAAAUUUUCAAUGAAGAACUUAACUCUCCAUUGUGUUUCAUCAAGUGAUGCAAGAAACCCUUUUGUGGAACAAGCUGUGCAGUAUGUUAUAGCGGCUGCCCAUGCUAGGAUUGACCAAGAUAAGAAGGAUAUAUUGCAGAAACGCCUUUUGCUAGGUCUUGAUAUCACAAUUAUGGGUGCCAAUGAAUUUUAUUCGUAUCGAGAUCAGUUGGAAGCUCGUGGCCUGCCUCUCACCCCAGAAUCAUUGGCUGUACUCCCUCCUUUCUCUUCAAUUACUUUCAAUGCAAACAAUGCAAAUGGUGCACAUUGCAAACCUGAAGUCGCUAAAACUGGGUUAGGUUCAUCUGCAGCAAUGACGACAGCAGUGGUUGCUGCUCUCCUUCAUUAUCUAGGGGUUGUUAAUCUUUCAGAUUCAGCCAGAAAUCAUCCUAAUGCAGAUGUUGAUCUAGUGCACAUGAUAGCUCAAACUUCUCAUUGUAUUGCCCAAGGGAAAGUUGGCAGUGGAUUUGAUGUUAGUUGUGCAGUUUAUGGCAGUCAACGUUAUGUACGCUUUUCACCAGAAGUUCUAUCAUCUGCUCAGGUUGCAGGGAUAGGGGCACUACUUCACGAAGUUAUAAUUGAUGUCAUGGAAGGAAAGUGGGAUCAUGAGAUGACUAAGUUUGCUUUGCCCCCACGAAUGACUCUUUUACUUGGAGAGCCAGGAAGUGGUGGAUCUUCCACACCAUCAAUGGUUGGGGCAGUAAAGAGGUGGAAAAAGUCUGAACCUGAAAAGUCUCUUCACACAUUCACAAAAUUGUCAGAAGCAAAUUCAAUGCUCGAGGAACAGUUAAAUAAGUUGAGGAAACUAGCGGAGGAACAAGGCAUGGCAUAUGACAGCAUCAUUGAUAGAUGUUGCAAUCUCAAAUCAGAAAAGUGGAUGGAACAAUCAGUUUCCCCCGUUGAGCAAGCAGUUGUUGAAGCACUACUAGGAGCUAGAAAUACGAUGCUCGACAUUAGAGGUCAUAUGCGUCGGAUGGGAGAAGCUGCUGGUGUCCCGAUAGAACCAGAUUCACAAACACGACUUUUGGAUGCCACCAUGGAUGUAGAGGGCGUGUUGUUGGCCGGAAUUCCCGGAGCAGGUGGAUUUGAUGCAGUUUUUGCAAUAACAUUAAGUGAUGCGAGCAACAAAGUUGCUAAAGUAUGGAGUUCACUCAAUGUUUUGGCUCUACCGAUCAGAGAAGAUCCCCGUGGUGUGAGUUUGGAAAACGGUGAUCCACGGUUGCAGGAGAUCACAUCAGGAAUUCAUUCAGCAAAUAUCAAUUAAAUCAAUUUAUUCAGCAGAAUCCGUGUUUGUGUUUGUGUUUGUGUAUUUAUAGUACCUUGAUAUUGGGAUGUCAGGUGUAACUUGUAGAAUUUUAUGUGUCUUGAAUACUUCUACCCUUCCAAUAAAUGAUGAAAUGUGCCUAGGUUAAUACAAAUGUAAUAAUCUAGAAAUAAAUCCUUCCAGAUUGUGGCACGCUCAAAUUCUGAAACUUGAACACAAAUUUGUUCAAUUCAAGUUUGAAGAUCCCUCCAAUUUUUUGUCU